GCUUUCCGUCCAUACUUAACUAUUAAAAAAGAAGAAAAUCGCACCAAAAAACCACUCCCAUCAAGAUGGCAUCUCUAAUGGCUGGGCCUGUCAUUGGUUCGGGCCCAGGCUUUGAGCUGGGCCGUGCGGCCGCAGCAUGUCCGGUUCGCGUGGCACAGGCGCCAGCUGGACUCCCUGACGGGUUCCCACGGGUCCUGGAUCUGCCCAUGGCGUGGACCGGUGCUCAAUUUGUGGAUCAUGAGUCUGAUUACAUUCACACGCUCAGCGAGUCUGAUCUGCAGGAAGCCGAAAAGGCUCUCACGCACUUCAAAGCCUUAGGCCUGGAUGGAGAUCUCGUCGCUCGCGACAACUUCCCCCUUCCCACCCUGGGCCCACGACUGGACCAAAUUCGCCGAGACGUUCAUGAAGGCAAGGGCUUUGGCGUCAUCCGUGGCCUUGACCCACAAAAGUACUCGGUCGAGGACCUGACUGUCCUCUAUCUUGGCAUUCAGUCGUACAUUGCCAACCGCCAUGGCAGACAGGACAAGAAGGGCAACAUGCUGGUGCAUAUCGUUGCCGACAACUCGUCCGAGCUCAAGGCUGGACACCACCGUCACUCCACCUCCCCCAUUACCUUCCACAAUGAGGAAGCCGGCGACGUUGUUAGCUGGCUGACGCGAAACACCGCUGCCUCUGGGGGUAAAUGCAUCAUCUCCUCGGCAUAUACCGUCUACAAUGUCCUGGCUGCUAGUCGUCCGGAUGUGAUCCGCACCUUGGCCAGAUCUGACUGGCCCUUUGCUAUGCCACGAUUCCAGUGCAGACCCGUUCUCUACUACCACCAAGAGCGACUGAUGAUCAACUUCGGCAGGGUGCCACUCAUGGGGAAUCCCACCCACCCACGCUCCAAAGAUCUCCCCGCCGUGACGACCCGCCAGACGGAGGCCUUGGAUGCUGUUGAGGCCAUUGCCAAGGCUGCGCAGCUGGAAAUCUCCACACGUGCCGGCGAUAUGCACUUCAUCAACAAUCUCGCCAUCCUUCACCGACGAGAGGGGUUUGUCAACGGGGAGGCACCCCAGGAGCGCCGACACCUAGUCCGCAUGAGGCUUCGCGAUGAUGAGCUUGGCUGGAACCUUCCCGCAGAUCUGAGACAAGAGUGGUCGGCCGCGUUCGAAGAAGCCGGGCCCCAAGUCUGGCACAUCGAGCCCAUGCCGGAGGGCUUCUUCCCGUUGCGCUCUCACGCGAAUUGAGCAAGUCGAGCAAAGAGACAACAUCAACGAUGCGGCAGACGCAUGUCCGGAAACUUUCUAUUAUUGGUACGUUCAUUAGGAGAUCGGCUAAGGCAUGGGGGUGCAUCAGAGAUAGGUCGAGGGGUGGCGUCGGGGGUAUUGAAUUUGCUCGAAAAGGUCGACUUGCAUGAAACACGGUAUUCAAUGCAUUCUGGCAUCAAGUCUGUUUAAUCCGGUGUCCUGGUCACGAAAAGCAACAAGGAUCGCUGGUCUUGGUCGACCCUGGUGUUGGGCUGUUUUUGGGGGUUUGACCUAGAACCGGGGGUUGGGGCGGGGAAACAGACUGAAGGCCGGUGACUA